ACCAACUUACCAAGUGCUCAGCUAUUAGUUUUGAAUUAGAUAUAGCAGUAAUCACUAUGCCACCCAAGAAAAAGCAAGUUACAGAGGAGCCCAAGCCUUUGCUUGGUCGAUUCGGAACCAGUUUAUCCUGUGGAAUUGUCGGUGUGCCCAAUGUAGGGAAAUCGACCUUCUUCAAUGUGCUGUGUAACAUGGAGGCCUUGGCUGCCAACUAUCCUUUCGCCACCAUCGACCCCAAUGAGUCGCAAGUGCCCGUUCCUGACGAGCGAUUCGACUUUCUUGUGGAGACACACACGCCCAAGUCAGUCAUCCCCGCCAUCCUGAAGGUGUGGGACAUUGCUGGACUAGUGAAGGGUGCCUCCACUGGUGAGGGUUUGGGUAACGCUUUCUUGUCGCACAUCAACGCUGUUGAUGGUAUCAUCCACAUGGUGCGGUGCUUCGACGAUGCGGAUGUGACCCACGUCGACGGCACGGUAGACCCCGUGCGUGAUUUGGAGACCAUCCACGAGGAGCUGCGUAUUAAGGAUGUCGAGAAGCUCAUGAAGACCUUACCUGAGCUUAGGAAGCGAGUCGCGCGUAGUGGUAAGGAUAAGGCUGCAGCACUUGCAUUGGAGUAUGCCGAGAAGUUCUACCAGCACCUGGAGGUGGAGAAGAAGGACAUGCGUUCGGGUACUUGGACUGCUAAGGAGAUCGAAGCCGCGAACGACUACCUUUUUCUGUCGUCGAAGCCCGCGAUCUACUUAGUAAAUCUCAGCGGCAAAGAUUAUAUUCGCAAGAAGAAUAAAUACAUGAUGAAGGUCAAGACGUGGAUUGACGCUCGUAACCCCGGAGACAUGAUGAUUCCUUGGAGUGGAGAGUUUGAGGAGCAGAUACGCGAGAUGGAGCCCGAGGAUCGUGCCAAAUACUUGGAAGAGAAUAAAGUGCAGAGUGCGCUGCCCAAGAUUAUCAAGGCCGCCUACAAGAGUCUGCGUCUACAGUACUUCUUCACCGCUGGACCUGAUGAGGUUCGUGCCUGGACAAUCCGGGAGGGCGACAAAGCACCUAGAGCCGCUGGAAAGAUUCACACUGAUUUUGAGAAGGGCUUCAUUAUGGCAGAUGUCAUGAAAUAUACUGAUUUCCACGAGCACAAGACCGAGAAUGCUGUGAAGGCGGCAGGAAAGUACCGCCAAGAAGGGAAGAACUACGUUGUCGCGGAUGGCGACAUUAUUUUCUUCAAGUUCAACAACUAGAGCAAACAUGGCUCGCUCUAAUAGUCAGGUAAAAAUGGUAUAGGAAUGGUCGCGGAUGAUAGUCAGCAUUUGUUAAUGUACAGAAAAUAAACUAUCAACCCCGCCUAUUCCUGCGGUUACACUAGA